AGACAACUCACUGUUAUGAGCAAGGUUUCCGCUAGUGUGGAUAACGGAAAGUAUUGCUCAAUUUAACACUAAUAUUUUCUCAAGUUUAUUUCUUCUCCAAAGUACGGUGCUCACCAAUGGAUCUCGCGAGCGUUUAAAUCUUAAGUUUUUAAAAUUAUUAUUACUAUAUAUUUCAGAACAUGACGAACGAUCUGAAUUUUUUUUUGACGAUUAUUAUUAAGUAAAAAGAACAAUUUCAUUGCAACCUAACAUGAGAAUCAUAGUUUUUGACUAUUGUUUGAUCUGCAUCUUUGGAUUACACAUUAUUUUCGUCUUAUUUAGUAAGUUAAACUUGAUGGGUUUUAUUCUUGUGUAUGUUAUGGAGCAAAAUUCACAUUCCAAAUGACGUCAUCCAAAUAACUUUGCGAAAAUAUAUUUAAAAAAAAAAUAUUUUUUUUUGUAAUGCAUGAACUUUUUGGAUGGCAUAUAUUUAAGAAUCCAUUCUUUUUGUUGCAAAGGGAAGUUUCUGUAAGGAAUUCUUGAAAAAUUUAAAUUGAAUUUACAUUUUGUUGAAAUUUCUCUUUGAAAGUGGCGUUCAGUUUAUCAUCAAUGCAUUUCUCAGUAUUCAACUAUUCGAAUGUAUUAAUAUAUUAAUACAGAUUUACACACAUUUUAACAGCAUUCUCAUAUUCACAAUGCUUUUUAAAUUUAAAAACAACACUUUAAAGCUAAUAAUAUUUUUUUUGUUUUCUUUUGCAAACAGUGUCACGUUUGUUCGUUAGAGCUGAAGAAGACAUGCUUUUUAAAGAAACAGAAGCUGGCGAGUUCCACAUGGCAGAUUUUGACGUCGUAUGGAGAGACAUGGAUCUGCUCACGUGCGUCAUCCGGUGUGUACGUGAAUUCAGGUCCUGUUACAGUGUGACCCAUGAUGAGACGACAAACAUGUGCACUCCUGGUAAGCGAUAAAAAGUCUAACAUUGGCCGAGUUAUUUCAAGUGGUGACUCAAUUGAUUUGAGAAAAACAACAACAACACCAACUUAUGAAUGAUGAAUGCAGUCUCCAGCAGUCUGACUUUCUGGCUUUUGUCUGGCAUUCUACACUUAUAUUAGACAUUUAAUUUGCUUUUAAGUCAACAUUCUAAGAAUGUCUAUAUGAUCUAAAUUAGAUAAGACAUAUAUAUUUAUAAAUGCUGAGUACAGUUUUCAGCAGUCUCAGUUUCUGACCUUUGUAUAGCAUUCUAAAAAUAUAAUACACAUUCAAUUUGUUAAUGGUCUACACUCUAAGAAUGUCUAUGAUCUAAAAAAAAACACACAAAAACUGUAAAACAACUGAUUAAUAGAUGCUCGAAAUUACCAAAUCAAUGAAUUUAAUUCCAAAUUAUUUUUUGGUGUGGAUAUUUGUCUCCUCUCGUUAUAAGGCCAUACGUCUGAAUAAAGCACGCCAUAAGCGUUACACUAACUUCGGUUAUCAAUAAUCACUGCAGGAUCGUGGCUGGUUUUAAAUCCGAGUAUUCCGUUACCACAAGCCCCGGGCAAGAUCUAUAGCACUGGCGCCAGGUGUAACGAAGCAAGCAAGUUCAAGUAUUAUAAACAGGAUGAUGUCGCUGCGUGCUAUUGGGCAUCUGACAGCAUGCUUAACUAUAAAGACUCCAAAGAAAACUGCUCAGGUGAGCAUCCAUCGUUGACUAUAAAUUCAUAGAUUUGAAAUAAAUCUAGUCGUAAAAAUUGUUGAUGAUUAAAGAUGCCUUCUACAACUUUUGUGUCAUCGAAAGAUGAGAUUUCAAUGAAACCUACUGUGUUGCUUUUGAACUCUUAUUUCAUAUAUAAUUUCCCCAGCAAAAAUGAGUGAGGAGAUUUAAGGUUUAGCUCUAUGGUAUCAAAAAAUUAUGUUAUUUAUGGUGCUUUUUAAGUUUAAUUUCUAGUUCUUUUUUUGUUGCUGUCUUAGCACAUACUCUCACACAAGCAAUACACCUCUGAUUGUGUGUACUUUUUGCAGAAUCGUUUCGAAUUCGGGCAUUUCUUCUAUCAAGCUACUUUUCAUGCUAAGUCCAUUUCUCUAGUUCUCCUAUUUUGUCAUCAUGUUGUUAUUGCUGCUCACGUUGAAAGCUGUUUAGCCAAAAAGUGCCUUAUUGAUUUUAAAAUACAAGGAACAUCAAACGAUUCCGUUUAUCAUUUUCCUGAAAUCCCAUUCCUAUGGCUUGAACACAGUCGUCCGUGAAUUUAACUUUUCAAUAAAGGCAUUUGUUGAGUAUCAUGUUUAUAAAUCCAACUUCCGACAAUGACAAUGGCGAACAAUUUAGUUUUUAAAAAUAUGUUUCUAUUUCUUGUCAUAAUUUUCAUUUGUACUUCCUGUUGAGGAGGGCUCUUAGCAGAAAAGUUCUUUUUUAAUGCGAUGUCUUUCGCUUCAAGCUUCAACAAUCCUUGUUUUACUAUUUGUUAUUAAUAAUGGAGGUAUUUGAUGAUCUGGAAGACUUAGAGUUUAAACAUUGAGUAGAACAGGGAUAAGAGUGAUGGACUGCGAUAAAGCUUUCAGGACAUAAAUUAGAACAAGGAUUAUGUAACAACAAGACGGACAACUAAUCUCUGUAACUAUUUUUAAAAUCGCAAAUGACUUAUUACGGGUAGAAUUUUUUUUUUAACAGAUAUAAUAAUGUACUAUCUUCAAAUAAGGAGAUGACCAAGACUAAAAUCAUCGUUGAGUUUGCGGAUGCCUGUAAAGCUCCUUACUUGAGAACACAUUCAGGGAUUAAAGGCACCAUUCAGACUGGAAACAAAAAAAAAACAACGUACAAAAGAAAUGCAGAAUCGCUUCCCAAUACACCAAGCUAUUGGAGGGCCACAUAUAUAUUUUGCCAGAUUAGCAUUACUUUAUGAAGGUCAAGGAUUGUUUAAAAAAUUGGAAAUUAGAAAUACAUUUUUAUUAAAAAAUUUAAACCAAUCAUAGUGAUACAUGGAGUUCUGUAAAAUUCAACAGGAAUAAAAAUGAAGUGAUUAUUUCUACUUCCAAAUGCCCUCGGGGGCCGCAUAAAAUCAGUUGCCGGGCCACGUGUGGCCCUUUUUUUCCCACCCUUGCAAUACAGAAAGACCCAAAAACAUAAGUGCAUUACAGGGUGUACUUUCUUCAGCCUUUGCUUCCCCAUGCGUCUCCCAUGAGAUCAUGUCACUGUCAUUGGAAUUGAUGGACACUUUUAGGCAAUAGUUAAAUCGUUUUCUGCGCUCUAACUGAGGAUGAGUCACCAUAAUUAAGUUGUUUCACUGUUUUCUGUCUGGGAUGUUCGUUACAUUUAUCAUCCAACAAACUAGACAUUUUUGUAAGAACGUGGGGAGGGCGAGACGGCAAGCCUGUUGGUUGACUUCUCUAAUCUAAUCUUUGAAACUUAUGAAUUAUUUUCAAUCUUGGUUAAACUUAUUCAUCACAUUGGAAGAGAUUUACAAUCCUGAUCUUAUUUUGUUUACGUAUAUCUAAUUAUUUACCCCCACAUUUGAAAAAAAAAAUAACCAUGUAAGGCUUUUGUUUAUUGUAUCAAGUAACUCCCUUAUUUCAUGUUUUUGUUUAUUGUAUCAAGUAACUCCCUUAUGUCAUAUUUUUUCUCCUCCAGCAAACGGUGCGCAUCUUUACACGAUCAAACUGAUGGAAAAAUGGACGAUACUAAAGAAAAUCACAAGUGGACCAAAUGGUAAUUACUGGAUAGGACUAGACGAUAUCAGAGAGGAAGAUGUCUUCCGAUGGGUGGACGAUGACUCGCGAAUGUCGGAGAGCCUGAGGCAAGAGCUAUUUAAUAAAUGUAAGUUUGGAAUAAUUAUACAUUUUUAUAUCAUAUAUAUAAUUGAUGAAGUGUAACUUUUGUAAUAUCUAUUUAUAACGGUAGCUUCAAUUUUAUUAUUGAUACUAGAAAAGGAAUAUUUGUUUGACAGUUCUAGCGUGACACGGUCUGUGUGUGAGUGUCUUGUAUGUGUGUCUGAGAGACAGAGAGAGAGAGAGAGAGAGAGAGAGAGAGAGAGAGACAGAGAAAGAAAGAAAAAAAGAGAGAGAGAGAGAGAAUAUUGGGGUUUAAUAGGGAGGGGGAGGGUGGAAGAACGAAGAAAACACAUUUAGUGGUUGAGUUUUUAAUUAAGAUCAGUCAAUGAGGAUAUUAGGAUGAUAAGAGAGUGGUGGUUUGAGGUUUGGCCAGUGAAUGUUAUGGACUUAAGUUGAGCUGCUGGUUAGGAGUUAGCAGACACUUGUAAAGGAAAGAGUCUUUGACGUCAACAAUAUUUAUUAUUAUGUCACGCGAUUAAUUACGCAAUUAAUGAAAUAUCCCAAGAUCAGCAAGAAAGACUUCACAGGAAACGGCUGAUUUCAGCAAAUAUUCCUUACUUAAUGGUAAAAAAUGUGAAAAACCUCUCUCCAUGGGUCUCUAUCAAAUAAAAGAAAACCAUUUGUUAGAGAAUGACCUUGAAAGUAGUUUUUAUAUAAAUCUUUGGCACUCUAGGUGCACAGCGCUGAACACUAAUUAUUUGUAUGACGUCGUGACUUUCAAAUGUGAAUAUAUUUCAGAUCAACCCGAUAACUGGAACAACACAGAAGAUUGUGCUUACCUGAAAGGGGCUGGGAAGCUGAAUGAUGAAAACUGUUUGCAUCCCUUUAAAUUUGUUUGUGAAAUGAGUCUUUUCCAAUAAAUAUGAGUUUUGGAAAAUAUCGAAGUAUUUUGGCCCUCACUGACCAACUUUUGUUGAUGUUGAUUGAACGACCCAUGCAAAAAUAGACUAUACAAAGUGUGUACACUUAAAAUGUGUUCUAUAAAUGAG